AUGGCCUCCUAUCGUGGCUCAUCGGUGCGCCUGGCUGUGGUGGCCUUACUGGCAUUCAUGCUGGCUAUCGCUACUGCACGACCAGCAUCUAUGAGAACAUUGCCGCGCUCUGCCCCCAUGGCUCCUAGCGAUGACCCGUUCUAUCAGCCGCCAGCUGGCUACCAGUCGGAGGCGCCUGGAAUUAUCCUACGGGAGCGGGAGAUUAGUGUGGCUUUCUUGGGAUUUAUCCCACAGCCGGUCAAGGCAUACCAAUUGCUGUAUCGCACCACGGCCAUCAAUGGCACGGCUAUCGCUGGAGUGACGACUAUCUUCGUGCCCUCGUCUGCGAAGAAGGAUCGAUUUUUGUCUUUCCACACGGCGUACGAUAGCUCAGCGACGAUCUGUAACCCUAGCUACAAUUAUCAGCUGGGUGCCUCACAAACCGACAUCAUCUCCUCGGCCGAGCAGUUGAUUCUGCAAGCCUACCUGCUCUUGGGCUAUAUUGUCACCUCGCCCGACUACGAGGGGCCCGAUGCAGCCUUUGCGCCAGGUCACUUGGAGGGGAUGGGCGUGUUAGAUAGUAUGCGAGCCGUGUCCAAUUUCAAGACGCUAGGUCUGUCAAGUGCCAAACCUAUGAUCGUGGGUACUGGGUACUCGGGUGGUGCAAUUGCAACGGGUUGGGCAGCUUCACUGCAGCCCACUUAUGCCCCGGAGCUGGACAUCAAGGGCUGGGUGCAGGGCGGUACUCCUGCCAACUUGACUGGUACAUUGGUCUUCAUCGAUAACACGCUAUUCAGCGGUUUCCUUCCUGCUGCCGUUGCGGGUCUGUCGAUGCCUAGUGCUUACGGUGCCGAGCUCAACCCUAUUAUCACCAGCAUCUUGACUGCAAAGGGUGUAAAGGCCCUAGAGACUGCAAGAACAACUUGCGCGGUCGGGGACCUGAUUGCCUUCCCUGAGAUGUCCCUGUUGUCCACAGAGAUUCAAAGCCUGGGCGACCGUCUGCUCUACCAACCGACUAUUCAAAAGAUUCUCAGCAAGAACAUGCUGGGUGUCAACAAGACGGAGAUUCCCGCGGCGCCAGUCUUUGUUUACCAUGGGAGGCAAGAUGAGGUCAUCCCCUACACCAACGCAUCCACGAUGGUUGAUUCAUGGUGUAGCAAUGGUGUCAGCGUCAAGUUCACCACUUUCGCUACUGGUGGUCACGCAACAACAGAGGUGGUUGCUCUCCCGGACGCGAUCAAUUUCGUCGAGGCUGCGUUCGCGGGUAAAACAGUGAAGGGAUGCUCGAAGAAUACCGAGCUUGGCAGUAUCCUUAAUCCCAUUGCCCUUGGUGUUGAGCUUGAGCCGAUUCUGACCAAGCUAAUUGACGUGCUUUCUCAUCUUGGUCAGAGUGACUCGAAAGUUAAGCAGAAUUUGAAUGUGCUUAAUCAGGUGGUCACCUGGUGA